CGACCAUUUGCCCAACUGUACCCAACACUGUUGCAGACUGAUGAAAAGUUACCAAAAUUUUAAAACAAAAUCAACAACAACAAAGCCAAACAAAACCGCCAAAAUCCAUGUUGAAUAAAUUUUAUUAAAGUUAAACAAUCGAAUUAACAUUGUUAAAAUUAAAAAAUGGAAAACUUGAAGGAUUUGUUGCCAAUAUAUUAUUCAAGAUUAUUUCCGUUUACUGAAUAUUAUCGUUGGCUCAGUUAUGGAAGCGAUAAUUUAUUCAGUAGAAGAGAAUUUUCUUUUACUCUUGAUGAUGAUGUUUAUGUACGUUACCAAUCAUUCAAAAAUCCAAAACAACUUGAGACUGAAAUAAAAAGAUUAUUACCAUUUAAAAUUGAUAUUGGUGCAAUAUUUAAUACAACACCAAAUCAAAAUAAUAGAAAUUGUAAAGCUAUUGAACGUGAACUUGUAUUUGAUAUUGAUUUAACUGAUUAUGAUGAAAUUCGUACAUGUUGUUCUGGUGCUGACAUUUGUAACAAAUGCUGGAAAUACAUGGCUGUUGCUUGCAAGAUACUGGACACUGCUUUGAGAGAGGAUUUUGAUUUUAAUCAUAUUCUUUGGGUAUUUUCUGGAAGAAGAGGUAUUCAUGCUUGGAUAUGUGAUUCAUCAGCACGUUUACUUGACCCAGCAUCACGUGUUGCUGUUGCUGAAUAUCUUCAACUUAUAUCUGGUGGACAAUUUAUGAAGAAAAAAGUUAAUUUAACUGAUAAAAUUCAUCACUCUGUUCAGCGUGCUCUUAAUAUAAUAUCACCACGAUUUAUUGAAAUAUUUGUUGAAGAACAAGACAUGUUUGGAACUGCUGAAAGAAUUGACAAAUUUUUAGGAUUAUUACCUGAUGAUACAUCAAGGAAUGAACUGAAAUUAAUAUUUGAUCAAUGUACUAAAAAUACUGAUCAUUGGAAUGAAUUUGUUGAGUAUGUCAGUAAACAACCACAGACAAAUAAAAAAUGGAAAUAUCGUCAAUUAGUUGAAGAAGUUAUGCUACAAUAUUCAUAUCCAAGACUUGAUAUUAAUGUAUCAAAAGGAAUAAACCAUCUUUUAAAAUCACCAUUUUGUAUACAUCCUAAAACUGGAAAAGUUUCAAUUCCAAUAAAUCCAAAAACAAUUGAUAAAUUUGAUCCACUUACAACACCAACAAUUCACAUGUUGAUUGAUGAAGUUAAUGCAUAUGAUGAAAAAGAUAAACAAGUUGUAUUGGAAGGUGAAACAAUUGCUGUCAAGAAAAUUAAAGAUUAUAAAAAAACAUCUCUUAAUAAAUCAUUACAUUUAUUUGAAGAAUUUCUCAGAAGUUUGCAGGCAGCAAGAAAAGUUGAAAAAGAAAAUCAAAAUGCUACUUUAGAUUUUUAAUAUGUGUAAUUAAUCGUUUUUUUUCUGUCAUAAUUAUUAUAUUUUUUUUAAUAAAAGUUUUUUAGUUAAA